UCUCAUUCUUCUGUUGCACCUUGCGAAUUCAAAUCCGCCAUGGCUGUUCUUAGCUCUCUCCACCAUUGACGUUAUCUGGUUGCUUCGUGUCGUCCCCUCUCCGUGCUUCUCCGUUACUGAUCUCGCGACUUCCCGGUUCCUGCUGUUCUCUUUCUCAAAUCUACUAGGAGCGCAGCGUGCUGGUGAUAGCUUGGAAUUCAAAUCAAGAGUUGCAGAUUCGUGCUUUGUCCAGUCGUGACUGCUGCUAAAUACACAGGGGGCUAAAUACUGCUGCUAAAUACGCAGGUGGCUAAACACUGCUGCGAAGCACUGCUGCGAAACAUGGGAAGGUACACGAAUCUGCUGCUUAUCGUCGCCGCUGCGGCCGGCACGGCUGCGGGGGUGUACCUCGUUCGCCGCUACUACUGCUGCCAGAAGAAAAAAACCGGCGGCGAUGCUUCGUCGAAAGUGGUCGUUUCCGCGAAAGAGCUGAUCGAUCGGCUGAGGGAGGAGUGCAGCACGAGCGGAGAGAAGCUGCUGCAGAUCGCAGCUGACAUGCGAGCUGAGAUGGUGUCUGGAUUAAGGAGCACGCAGGGGAGCACGCUCAAGAUGCUGCCUUCGUAUGUCGAUCGCCUCCCUGACGGCUCGGAGAAAGGCGUGUUCUACGCACUUGACCUCGGCGGGACCAACUUCCGCGUGCUCCGUGUGCCGCUGCUGGGGAAGGACGGGGGCAUCGGCAAGGUGGACUCGGACGAAGCGUCCAUCGGGAAUGACCUCAUGACCGGCACCACGGAGGCGUUGUUUGACUACAUUGCGUCUAGGCUGGCGGCGUUUGUGGCGAAGGAGGAGGAGGAGUUCAAGCCAGAGGAGGGCAAGCAUAGGGAGCUGGGGUUCACCUUCUCCUUCCCCUGCGACCACACUGCCAUCAACGCGGGGAGGCUGAUCAUGUGGACCAAGGGCUUCAACAUUCCUGAGACUGAGGGAAGGGACGUGGUCCAGGUACUAGAGGAGGCUCUUGAACGCCAGAAGCUUGACAUGAAAGUCACUGCACUGGUGAACGAUGCGGUUGGCACGCUGGCGGGAGCUCGGUUUGUGGAGUCCGAUGUGAUGCUGGGCGUGAUUCUGGGCACCGGCUCCAACGCGUGCUACGAGGAGAUCCAUGACACCAGCGUCAGGCAGACCGGCCCCCCACCAGCCUCGGGCCGCAUGGUGAUCAACAUGGAGUGGGGCAACUUCUGGUCGGGCCAUCUGCCCAUUACCGAAUAUGACGACCUUCUGGACUCCAAGAGUGCCAACUGCGGUCAGCAGCGCUACGAGAAGAUGAUCUCAGGCAUGUAUGUGGGCGAGGUGGUGCGACUGGCGCUGCUGGACAUCUCUCAGAAGUCUCACCUCUUUGGCGACCCUGUCCCUCCUAAGCUGCUUCAACCCAACUCUCUCCCAACCCCUAAAGUGGCAAUCAUUCAUGAAGACACCUCUCCAGACCUUGCAAAAGUCGGAUCUGUUUUUGCAGAGGAGCUUGAGCUCCCAGACACCUCAUUGUCGCAGCGCCAGGCAGUGCAGGAGGUGUGCCGCAUCAUGGGGGAGAGAGGCGCCCGCCUCGUGGCUGCUGGCAUCGUGGGCGUGCUGCAGAAGCUGGGGCGCGACGGGAAAGCACCGGCGAACGCACAGGCAAACGCACAGGCAAACGCACAGGCAAACGCACAGGCAAACGCACAGGCAAAGGCUCCUGAAGGAGAAGCAGAAGCAUCAGCUGUUGAUGGUGAUGCAGCAGCAGCAGCAGCAGCAGCAGCAGCAGGGGCAGGAGAAGCAGCAGCAGAAGCUGCUCUGGGGCAUGUGCCGCGGACAGUGGUGGCGGUGGAUGGCGGCAUGUACGAGCACUACACUCCAUUCCGGGAGGCCAUUCACGAGACGCUCAAGGAGCUGCUGGGGGAGGAGGUGGCGGGGUUUGUGAGCAUGAAGCUGUCCAAGGAUGGGUCGGGGAUUGGCGCUGCUCUGCUGGCUGCCUCACACUCGGCAUACAAGGAGUAAUCAUAGCACAUACACGGUUCGAGCAUGUGAGGCCAUUCACGAGACGCUCAAGGAGCUGUUGGGGGAGGAAGGAGGUGGCGGGGUUUGUGAGCGUGAAGCUGUCCAAAGACGGUCGGGUACCAGCUCUGCUCUGCUUGCUGCCUCACAUUCAGUAUACCUAUAAGGAGUGAUGCACGAGGGAUGGGUCGGGGAUUGGGGAUUUGAGGGGAGGAGGUGGGGGUUUCUGUGAGCAUACUGUCUAGUAAUGGGUCGGGGAUUGGCAUUGCUCUGCUGGAUGCCUCACUUUGCGCACAAGGAGUGAUGUGAGUAUGGUCACCACUCGUUCUAGCAUAUUGGAGUGAGAAACAUUGCUCUGGGUGGAAGUUUGCUGACUCGUUUUGUGUACAGGGGUUGACAUGAACAGAACAGAUAUUGGCUGGUUGCGUCCUUUCUCAUGGUUUGAAGUGUCGGUGGGUGGAAUUGUUCGUUCUUCAUCGCAUUCAAUUCUGUCUUGCUCAUUUGAAACAUAAAUAAUUGUACUGUGACUGUGAGUAAUAACCAAG